AUGAACACCCUCGCAAAAACUACCCGGAUGGGCGCCAAAUUCAUCAUCUACAACCGCUUCCCCGCCGCCUCAUUCAUAGCAAGAAAAUCGACUCUGACCCAAGUGUUCUCUGACAAGGCCAUUCACCCUAUCGGACCUUACUACUCUCAAGCCAUCAGAGCCAACGGCUUUGUCUUUCUCUCCGCCCAACUCCCCGCUGACGAACAAUGCAAACUCGUUGGUGGCAGCGUCAGCAAUCAGACGCACAAGAUGAUUCAGAAUGCAUCUCAUGUACUCCAAGCUGCGGGCUCAGAUCUUGAGAAAGUCGUCAAGGUUAACUUGUCUGUCAAGGACUUUCACAUGGUGGAGGAGAUUAACGAGGUUUAUGUAAAGUAUUUCCCUCAGAGACCUGCGAGGACGGUCGCACAGGUUGUGUUUAUGGCUGCUGGAGCUGAUAUGAUGAUGGAUAUGGUUGCUGUUGUCGGUGAGGAGUAG